AUGCUACGUCAACCGAACGCACCUAUGGAUGCAACAGGUGUGGGUAGACGGCGGAAACGCAAUAAUUUAGUGGAAUUUGAGUAUGAACGAGUGGACGAUAACAGCGAUGCUGAUGAUGACCACGGAGACGUGCUUAAAAAUAUGAGAGCACAGAAUUUUUUUAAUAAUCCGCUAUCGGCAUUUCUCGCUACUCUGAGCAGCAUCGUUUUCUGGUGCAUUUAUUGGAUGGCGAAAGCAUUGAUUGCGAUUGCAGGUAUUUUUAUUAUUAUCGCAUUCAUCUGCCCUCAUAAAUGCAUUGAACUUUUUAAUCACUUUAUGGACCAACACAAAUUGGAGGAGAAAUUCAGAGAAGAAUUAUAAGGAGUUAAGCAAAUAAGCAAUGCUGA